GGUUCAACAUUACCUAGAAAGCAGGCACAAGGCAGGUUGAGAUAAAUGGGGUUGGGUGGGGUAUGUACACUGGGGGUGGGAGAAAGGGGAAAAUGUAUUGCAGCUCUCUGGUUUCCAGUGCUGGAUCCUGCUCAGCAGAGACUCUGAGUAGAGAGCUCUCUGUGUCUGGGCUGGUGCUGUGCUGUAGGAGUUACAUCAAGCAGCCAAGAUGUCAAAGAGCGACCCCCGGGACAUUGAUGAGGAUGCUAUCCUCAGGGGGCUCAGUGCAGAGGAGCUGGAGAUGCUAGAAUAUGAGCUGCAGGAGAUGGACCCUGAGAACGCAAUGCUCCCAGCUGGUUUCCGUCAGCGUGAUCAGACCAAGAAAAAUCCAACAGGUCCUUUUGACCGCAGUGCUCUCCUUGAGCACCUGGAGAAACAGGCUCUGGAACAUCAGGACCGAGAAGACCUGGUGCCCUUCACUGGGGAGAAGAAAGGAAAGAAAUUUGUUCCCAAACCUGGAGCAGGAAAGAUCCCAGAAGACGAGCAGAUCACUCUGGAGCCAGAGUUGGAAGAAGCUCUGAAAAAUGCCACAGACGCUGAGAUGUGUGACAUUGCAGCCAUCUUGGGAAUGUACACCCUGAUGAGUAAUAAGCAGUACUACGAUGCUCUUGGUGCCACUGGUAUAAUUGCCAACACAGAAGGCAUCAACAGUGUGGUAAAACCUGAUGUGUAUAAGAUCUACCCUGAUGAGCCUCCCAAUGACACAGACAUUGAAGACACACUGAAUAGGAUCCAGAAGAAUGACAGCAGCCUGACAGAUGUCAACUUUAACAACAUCCCGGACAUUCCCAUCCCAACUCUGAAAGAGAUCUUCCAGAGUAUGAAGGAAAACACUCAUGUACUGAGUUUAAGCAUUGCUGCUACACGGAGCAAUGAUCCUGUGGCUUAUGCCAUAGCAGAGAUGUUAACAGUGAACACUACACUGGAAAGCCUAAACAUCGAGUCUAACUUCAUCACUGCUGAAGGAAUGAUGGCUAUCAUUAAAGCAAUGUCUGAAAACAACACCUUAGCUGAAAUCAAGAUUGACAACCAGAGGCAGAAAUUGGGAGAUUCUGUAGAGAUGGAGAUCGCAUCUAUGCUGGAGAACAACUCGAGCAUCCUAAAGAUUGGCUACCACUUCACCCAGCAGGGUCCUCGUGCUAGAGCUGCCAUGGCCAUCACCAGGAACAAUGACUACUUCCGUCAGCAGAGGAUAAGAUGAGUUAAGAGCUAUGAUGCUCUCUGCCGCAGCACUGCUCGGAAGACUCGAGACAAGACAAAGAUCAGCCUGCUAUGCUUUAACCUUUUAAAUCAUCUACCAUUGUGGAUAUCAUUAACACCAGCUCUGCUGUUUGUAUACACUGGGUCUCAUCAAGCCAAAUGUGAUCUCACUUAAUAAAAAUCAUGUGCUUUCAAUAUAAUUCAAUAUAUUCUUGUGAAAAAAGACAUUACUUGAUCAUUUCUUGAGCCAUGAAUUUUUUUUCUUUCUUUUUGGAAUAUGGUGCUUCUAACAAAAAGAACUGUACAUAUUUUAAAUAAAACAUUAUCUUUUUCAUUGUCUAA